AUGGAUGCCGACUGCCUCUCGCACCUCCCGUCACCACACGAAAACGCUGAGGACGAUGACUUCGACGACUAUUUAGUUUCGAUUUCGUCCGACUUCCCCGACCUCAGUAGUUUCAAGAACUCCUGCAAGGAAGACAGCUGGACUACAUUCUCGGACCGCGUGUCGUGCACCGAGACUGUGGAACUGGACUGUGGUGGCAUGUUCCCCAAGCCAUCUCCUGCGUGCGGCGUGUACAAUGACCAGACCGGAGUGUACUUGAACACAAUGCCGUUCGACCACCUAAGGACAGCGGCCAACUCGACGUACGAGGUGCGACUGCAUCGCGUGUUCCAGGUGCAAGACUGGCUCGCCUUCCGUAACCUGACCUUCCGUUGCCACGUCAUUGUACUUGGGACAGACUGGCGGACUGGAAUCUCGCAUAAACUAUUCGGAGACUCAGGGUGCUCGCCUGACCCUCCGGAGAUCGUGAACGGCUACUACAACGUCAGCGGCGAGGAGACGUGCUGGCGCACGCCGGCCGAGGGAUCUGUGACGCGUUACUACUGCCUCGAAGGGUUCGAGCUACGGGGACCUCGGGAGCUGGUGUGUCAAAAUGGCGCCUGGGUGGUGCCGCCGCCGCUGUUCACCUAUUCAAGGAGACAGCAGUCUCCAGCAGCUGGAAAGCCCUUAAAGAACAUCAUCUGCGAGAUGAGCUGCCAAGCCACCGUUGUAUUCAACCGCUUCUUCACUGCCUUGAUGACAACACUGCCCGUGCUACUGUCCCUCCACCUUAUCCCGUCUUCGGUAUAGAGCCAUUCCUUUUAAACGUGCUCAGGACAUGCUGGAUGGAGGUCGAGGAAACAGUCGCCUGGUAUCUGCUCGUGCCUUAGUUUACGUAUUGGCCAUCAGUUGACCCGGGGACCCACAUGGUUAUAUGCUGGCCCAUCCGCAAAUCUUUAUUACUGCCUUCAACGCUGUGGUUAGCAAGUUGGUGGUGCAAGUUUUAAAGAGCUUUACUUAGGCAUUUGUGUGAGUUAUGGCAUUGUAGACCAGGGCUGUGAGGCGUUUUUCUGCUGACUGUGAGCGCCAUUGUGUGCAUAACGGGUAGGAAUACACAAAAUGUGACUGAAGCUCGGCACACUACCCGGCGCUGUACCGUGGAGUUGAAACAUUAUGCAGUGCCAGCUGCUCUAUGUU